AUGGAUCCUGUCGAAGUGGGACCUGGGGCUUCUUCUAGCUCUAAGGCACGUAUCGUUAAAGAGGGAUGGUUAUUCAAGAGGAGAGAGCAUAUAAAAUAUUGGAGAGCCAGAUAUUUUGUGUUGUUCGAUAAUGGAGCAUUGACAGGCUUCAAAAACAAACCAGAUGAUUAUUACAGCGACCCAUUGAACAGCUUUACAGUUAAAGAAUGUCAGAUUAUGUCAAUAGACAGACCAAAACCGUAUGCUUUUGUUAUACCUACGUUGCUUACAGUGGCUUACAGUUAUUGAGAGAAUGUUCCAUGUCGAAACUGCAGAAGAAAGGGAAAAGUGGGUACAAGCCAUUAAAUCUGUGUCUGAAAGAUUAUCAAAUGAUUGUGACGAUGUAAAAAUGAAUAAUGCAGCUAACCCUGAUAUGAUGGUUGACUUGUGGGAAAAGUGUUCAUUACAAGAAACAUCAAUUUCCAAGUCGACGGGAAAAAGAAAAGUGACCCUCGAAUGUUUUGAAUUUAUCAAAGUGUUGGGAAAAGGAACGUUCGGAAAAGUGUUUCUUUGCAGAGAGAAGGCCACCAGCCAUUUGUAUGCCAUAAAAAUUCUCAAAAAAAAAUUCAUUAUUCAGAAAGAUGAAGUUGCUCAUACUCAGACUGAAAAUAGAGUAUUAAGAACUACAAAUCAUGCAUUUUUAACUUCAUUAAAGUACUCAUUCCAAACCAACGACCGAUUAUGCUUUGUAAUGGAAUAUGUCAAUGGUGGCGAAUUGUAUUUUCAUUUAUCAAGGGAAAAAGUAUUCUCAGAAGACCGAACAAGAUUUUAUGGUGCUGAAAUAAUUUCAGCCCUUGCUUAUUUGCAUUCUCAAGGCAUUAUAUACAGGGAUUUGAAAUUGGAGAACUUACUGCUAGACAAAGAUGGCCACAUUAAGAUUAUAGAUUUUGGCUUGUGUAAGGAAGAUAUUACAUAUGGAAGAACUACUAAGACGUUUUGUGGCACUCCCCUAUAUCUUGCACCUGAAGUCUUGGAGAAAAAUGACUACGCAAGAGCAGUAGAUUGGUGGGGUAUUGGCGUCGUCAUGCACGAAAUGACGUGCGGACGAUUGUCCUUUUACAAUAGAGAUCUAGACAUGCUCUUUACUCUGAUUCUGAUGUCAGAUGUUAAAUUUCCCAGAAACUUGAGUGAGGAAGCUAGAAAUUUGCUCUCAGGACUACUCAUCAAAGAUCCCACUAAAAGGUUAGGUGGAGGUCCAGACGAUGCCAAGCAAAUUAUGGCUCACCCUUUCUUUGACAGCAUUAAUUGGAGAGAUCUUGAACUAAAGAAGAUUCCUCCUCCUUUCAAACCUCACGUAACCUCCGAUAUAGACACUAGGUAUUUUGAUCAAGAGUUUACUGAUGAAAGUGUGGAACUAACACCUCCAGAUAGCACAGGACCUUUGGGCUCCAUCGAAGAGGAACCUCAAUAUUUCCCACAAUUCAGCUUUCAGGAUUUAUCUUCGACUCUGGCCUAUGUUAGUGGAAGUAUGGCUAGUGUUGCAAAUAUUAUGCAGUGA